AACUGUUGCAAAUUCGUUUCUAUUCCUGAACCUACCAACCAACGACUCACAGCAGUUACUGGAUAUCUUCAAAAUCCACGAUACUUUACUCCAGACAACGAGGCCGUCAUUUGUAAAGAAUUCGACUUCCUACCAGCUAUUCAGGAACAGGCGAUGUCCUUUUUGAGAGCGUUGGCAGCUCGACGAGCACUCGAACAGGCUCGACCCCUCUACUUUGACGGAAAACCGAGUGAAAGCGCCUUUGAAAUGGAAACCGACGCCAGUAAGUCGAGUGUGCGAGCGGACAUGAAUGGAGACGAUGCAGAGGUCGUUCAUUCGGAACCGAAAACUACUUCUGCCGUAGGUAGUGGCGGAGGUGAUCACGGACAUGGGGGAUCUGGAACUUUUGAAUUUGGCGAGGUGAUGGUAUACCAGGCAAUUCACACCAUUGAGUUUGUUCUUGGAUGUGUUUCGCACACUGCGUCAUAUCUUCGACUUUGGGCUCUUUCGCUAGCUCAUGCUCAGCUGUCGGAUGUCUUGUGGACAAUGGUGUUCCGUCAUUCGUUCCGUCUUGACGGCUACUAUGGAGCAGUGGCCACAUACGUUUUGUUCUUUGUUUUCGGCUCCUUAUCGAUUUUCAUUCUCGUGCUCAUGGAAGGUUUAUCAGCAUUUCUACACGCGCUUCGUCUUCACUGGGUCGAGUUCCAGUCCAAAUUCUAUGGAGGUUUGGGUCACGCUUUCACUCCUUUCUCUUUUGAGAAAAUCCUUGAGGAAGAAAGAGAAGCUGAAGAAUCAUUUCAAUUCCGCGAAUUGAUGACAGCGAUCGUUGCUGGCGACAAUGCGUGCGUAUGGCUGAACGGCGCCGCCGAGGCUGAGCGACCGAUUUGGAGUCGUUUGUGGAACCAUUCUGAGAAACGGUACUGCACAGAUGGUGGUGCCAACAAAGUUGCUAAUAGAACUCCAGAAUUAAAACCGCCUGAUGUUGUCAUUGGAGACAUGGACUCGAUUCUAGCUGAUGUAGCCGAAGCGUUGAAACCAACAACAAGGUUGAUUCACGCGCCAGAUCAGGACAAGACGGAUCUCACCAAAUGCCUUGAAUUCGUAGCAGAUGACUUCAAACAAGGCAUGCAGUUAGUUCUGCUCGGGGGAACAUCAGGCCGUUUCGACCACGCAUUAGCCGCCAUAAACUCGCUGUAUUAUUCAACAUCUCAGCUAAAGCUUGAGGUGUACUGUCUUGAUAGUGAGAAUCUCACAUUUGUUCUUGAUGAGGGUGAAUACACUGUGAAAAUUGAUCGUCAGUUUGUAACAGGAACUUUGCGGUGUAGUGCCAUUCUGCCAAAAACCGACGGUUGCUCACAAUGA